GACCGUUUUCUCAAAACUCCUUGGGCUGACUUUGCAGUGGUACGAUGCCGAGCGAGAGCAAGCACAGCCGCGACGACGACGCCAAGAGCGCUAACAAAGCGACUCGGGCAGACGACGCGAGUGGCGACGCCAAGGACGCGGCCGAGGACAAGGGCGGCCCGACGAUCGUCGACAAGGUGAUUGCGUUCUUCUUUGAGAACGACGAGUUUUGCGCCACGUUUGAGCGGUUUGCAGACAAGCACUGCGACAUCUUUGACCCGGACGCUGAUGAAAUGCAGCUCGAGUACACGGACGUCUACAACCAAUUCACAACGCUCUUUGAGACCAAAAUCGAAGAGUUCAUCGAGUCGCAAGGCUCGUCGGUCGCAGAGUUCUACGACCUUGUGCGCAAGGCGCACGAGAAGGACCCGCAUGGCACGAUCGCCAUCUACUCGCGCAUGCUCGUGGCAACCAGCGACUUUGAUGUCUUUGUUCUCAUGAUGAAGCAAACCAAGGAAGCCCAACGUCUCAAAAAAUAAUGGAAACGCUUGCGUUGGGGGCUGCCACGUACGCUGGCUGGAUCCACGCAACUGCAAGCAGUUACACACCGCAACUACCUACGGCACGACAGCAGCGGCGGUCGACGCGUGUGCCACCUUCGCUUGGCAUCGUCAAGGCAUGCUACACCAUGCCAGUCGGUUGCACCGUACCGGGCACCUGCAGCAUCGCUGCCGAGGAAGGUUGCGUGGAUUUAGCCGACUCCGGUUUCGGAAGCGAUGAUGGUCCUCGUCGAACUUUCGAGAACCUGUCAUUUUCGAAAAAAUAAAACGCACCGCCCGCGCCCACGCGCCGCAUCUCAUACAAACACCAAGUUCACAAAGGGUUUGGCAUCAUAAUAAAAUACAUACCAAUAGUUCUCCGUAAAGUCCGUUCCGCACGCUGACAAC